AUGAUCUUUCCUAAUCCAAUCGUCAUUACAAUACUGACCUCCAUCCUGACAUCAGGCGGGAGCUGUCACAAAUCCUGUUCAAGGAACGCCAUUCUCAUGAAGAGUAUUCAGUACCAGUUGAAACUUGUGGAAGAUAAUGACGGAAAGUGUGAUUGUAACCACAGUCCUUCAUCUCCGAGUUUUGGAAAGGUUGGUUUUCUGGUAUCGAAUUCAGGAUCUUUGCAGAAUAUUGGUAAUGGUGCUAUCGUUGUGUACGACACUGUAACUACCAACCUCGGAGGAGGGUAUGAUAAGUCAACUGGUGUGUUCACUGCACCUGUAGAAGGCCUUUACUACUUUUCCUGGACAGUUCUUGCUUACUAUGGCAAAUCUUUCUACACACAAUUAAAACUGAAUGACAUUGUUGUAGCAAAAAAUCAUGCUGGAGCUACAGGGAUGUCUACAAACAUGCCAUCUAGUCAGAGUUCUGUUUUACAAAUGAAGAAAAAUGACAAAGCAUCUAUCAGAGUUCAUAGUGGAGGUUUAUACAUGAUCGGAGAUAAAUGGUCAACCUUUAGUGGCUACAAAAUCUGAAUCAAAUAAAUUGAACUUAAAGAUUGA